AUGUCUUGUCUGGUGUGCGAGACCGAUGCACACGGUCAGCACUUUGGGAUCAAGUGCUGCCGAGCCUGCGCGGCGUUCUUCCGGAGGACUCUCACCAUGAACUUGCGGUACAAGUGCAGAUUCGAUCGGAAGUGCGAAGUAUCGUUCAGUACGUUUUUUAUUGACAUGGGUCUAUUUCGCAAUCUUCUGGGGGUUUCUCGCAAAGUUUCGGAGACCGUAGUUCACAAAGAUGAAACGGAAAUAAUGAUAAGGGGCCAUUCCUUGACUUUUCAGAUAAACGCUACUCAUGCCGGUGCUGCAGAUAUGAAAAGUGUGUUCGAGUCGGGAUGCGAAAAGACAGUAAGUACUUGUCUUUCUGACCUUAACACUCUCCACAAUGUUUGAGCACUUACAAUUUUUUUAGACCAAAAAUAGAAUGUGUUAGUGCUCAAACAUUGCACCCGCUGACCUACCGCAUGCUUCUCUAUUCGUUCAAUCCCCUCCCAAUUGCAGAUCUCACAUCUCCUGUUUCAGUGGUGCAGAAUAAGUCUGAAGCAGAGAAGGAUUCAUCUGGAGCGGAGUCGGAUAGCAUCGAUCAUUCCCCACAUUCCUCACUCGAAUCCUACAACUAUCAACCAGUCAGUUUCGAAAAACAACAAUCUAACGGAAUUCUUCACAAUAAUGGAACAUUUGUCCCGGAAGUUCCGUCGGAAGCCUAUCAGCCGAACAGCGACUUGCAUCAACACAACUUUUCCUUUCAUAGAACCGUCAUCGAAGAGGUUUGUAACUUUUUCCAUAUUUGCCAAAAACUCAAAGGACAGUAAAUACGGAAAUGCGUCGAGCAAACUUCGAGUGACUCACUCGUCUGUCUUGUUUUUUGAGAUCAUCAAUAUAACGUGUUUGCAAGUUCUGACAGCUCAAAAACUAAGAACUCGAUUUUUUAUUUUCUAGUCGACAAGUAAUUAGUGGGCUGUAAAUAAAAUUUGGAACUAAAUAUGCAGUCAGAUGGAAAACUUCAGGAACGUCAUUACUGAACCGAGCAUUGUACUAUCAGGAAUUUAGUCGAACCAAUUAUCAUACUCUUCCACAAGCAGAACUCACAUUUUUUGUCCGUUUGUUGGAGUGUGACUUCUGCCGCAAGCAAAAACUAUGCCUGUGGAGGUUUACGAGUUGACCACGCUCUUCACUUUAGUAACACGCCAUACUUUUUAAAAUCGACUAGAAAACUCGUAUUUUUGAAUGAUGAACCGCACUUUUUGACUUCUUACGACCCGCUUAAUGUUUUUCAGGUCGGGCGAGCUGUCAUGCCGAAUGGUAACCAACACCCUCCCCCGCAACAACACGUUCAACCGCUUUUCGACUACAACUACACAGAUUUGUUGAGUUCUGACGAGCACAACACCGCUGCAAUCCCCUCGUCAUCGACCCACUAUAAUCCCAUGCCACAGGAAUAUAAUGGAAAUGGGAAUCAGAAUCAGAUGUUUGCCAUGGCAGCUCAGCAAGCCACCCAAGAUCUUCAUGUCAACGUUCAAAACGUGUUGACUCCUUCUAUCGACGCGAUGUUCAGUCAAGUGAGUUUCAGUUCGAUACAAAAUCAAUUUAUUAUGACCUUUUCAGCCAGCGGACACAUUCUGCCAACUUCCGGAUAUUCCGCUGACGUUAUGCCAGCAAGCACUUCUCGCUUAUCGGGAGCAUAACAAGCAGUGGCCGGAUCAGGACAAAGUAAGCCACCUUUUUGAAGCUGUGAAUACAUCUAAGUGAUUCCAGAUGAUUGAGAACGUACCACUUGAUAUGGAAAACUUCAUGCGCAACCAUUACAUUGAAAUUGAGCACAUCGCUAGAUUCUGUAUGUCUAUUCGGGUGUUUGCUCAGUUGCCAAAGGAUCAGAAGUGGAUCAUCUUUAAGCACUUCUGGACAAGAUUUUACGAAUUGGACCGGUGCUUUGCCACGUGUAAGAGACUUGGAUACAAUUUGAACGACGAACGGGGGCUCACACUAAACGGACAGAUUAUCAACUUUGGAAUCUCGGUCGUAAAAUUAGAGAAUAUCAGUGAUAUGGACGCCACCCAAGUGAAAAAGUGGGUUAAACGCGGCGUGAUUUGCAAUAAUCAAUUGGAUGGUUUGCAGUUUCCUCAAGGGCAGCAUGGACAAGUUCCGUUUGAUCUUCAUCAACCCGUUCAAGAAGCUUCAGCCUACUGAAUAUGAGCUCAUGUACAUGAUGAUGAGUAUAAUGUGGAGUGUGUCAAGUUAGAAAAUGAAUGAAAGAACUGGAAACAAACGUUUGUUUCAGACUUGCCCGGAAUAACCGAUGCUACUAGGGAUAUCUCCGAGAAAGUAGAACUGAGACUAGCUGAAGAUCUUCACACAUACUACGCGGAACAGUAUAACGACAACAAUCCUAAUUACGCUGGAAGAAUAACAAGACUGAGCAGUAUUGCCUCGGCUGUUGAUGUAACAAACUCAAAGUUUUGGAAUAAUUCGAAUUUGGAAUGUUUUCAGGAGAUCACAGAAAGGAAGCGAGAGGACAGUCAAGUGUCAAAGACAUUCAACAUCUUCAAGAACGAUUUCUUCUUCAGCGACCUUACCGAUUUCCCCGUCUGA